AUGAACCACACACGCGGUCUCAUAUCAUCCACCCAAGCCCUACGUCAGAUCUUCAUCGCACCCGUUCGCACCUCCAGAGUUGGAAUUCUUGCAUUCAGGCAUCUUCAGAAUGUCCCGCAGACUCGAUUUUUUCAACAAUCCCAUUGCCUAGAGCUGCGAGCAUACCGGCCACCCGUCGAAAAGCCUCCGAUGAACGAAGCUAUCCGUGCGUCAUUUGUCCAAGUUGUGAAUGAUGAAGGCGACCUCGACCCUCCGACCAGACUAGAGGAUGUCCUUGAAAGCUUUGACCACACCGAGUUCUUCCUUCUCCAGGUGCAAGAAGGAGACUAUGAUAACCCGCCGGUUUGCAAGAUCUACAAUAAGAAAGAAGUGCGAGCACACGAAAAGGCCAAAGCAAAGUCAGCUCGCGAGUCCAAGGUUAUAUUCAAACAAAUUGAGCUGAACUGGGCAAUUGACGCCCAUGACCUGUCGCACCGCCUGAAACAACUCUCGACCUUUUUGGAGAAAGGUCGCAGGGUGGAAAUCCUAUUGACCACCAAAAAGCGCAAGCGCAAUCCUACAGUGGAUGAGAUCAAACAGGUUAUGCAGAGUGUUUUGGACACAAUCAGGGAGGCCGGUGGAACUCAGACUAAGGCAAUGGAGGGAGAACCGGGGAAGCAACUUAGGAUUACCGCACAAAAGAAUAUGUAG